AUGUCUAACCCAGUUGUCUUUUUCGACAUGGAAAUCGGCGGCCAACCGGCCGGGAGAAUCGAGAUGACGGUGAGAAUACGUAUCGUUUCUGUUCUCUUUUCUGCAAAGUGUUUCCUUCUUCUUCUCGCGAAAGCGUUGAUGUUCCUCCGAAAGGACGUGUGCCCGAAAACCGCGGAAAACUUCCGUCAGUUGUGCACGGGAGAGCCCGGGUUUGGGUUCAAGCAAUCGCCGUUUCACCGGGUGAUUCCCGGGUUCAUGUGCCAAGGCGGCGACUUUACCAACCAAAACGGCACCGGGGGUAAAUCUAUCUACGGGAACAAGUUCGAGGACGAGAAUUUCACGCUCAAGCACACCGGGCCGGGCAUUUUGUCCAUGGCGAACGCCGGUCCGAAUACGAACGGGUCGCAAUUUUUCUUGUGCACGGCGGAGACGUCGUGGUUGAACGGGAAGCACUGCGUGUUUGGGAGCGUGACGAAAGGGAUGGACGUCGUCAAGGCGAUCGAAGCCGUCGGGUCUCAAAGUGGAGCCACGAGUAAGAAGGUUGUCGUCGCCGAUUGCGGACAGUUGUCGUAA